AGUUUCAAUUCCUGGUUGCUACUUAUUUUGCGUAAAUAAAAAAAAUAAAAGAUUUAUAAUCUAUUUAAGAUGCAAUGUGAUAUGAUAAUCACACUGCAAUUUUCUUUUGAUAAGAAUUAAAAUCAUUAUAAAAGGUGAGUCAGGGUUAGCAGGUUCAUUCAGUAAGGAAUAAUGUGCUAUUAAGUCUAUACCUAGUUUUCAUCAAAUAAAAAAAAAUAAAAUAAUAAUACAAUAUGAAUUAUUUCUGGCUUUUUAUUGUGGUAAUAUCCAUUACACAAUUUAGAUUUAUCGAGGCAAAUGAUAAAUUUAGAGAAGAUAUUGAGAUUGAUGCAUCUAUAGAUAUUGAAAUUUCGGAUGAAAGUGAAAGUAGUGAAGAAGAUGCAAGUGAAAUUGAAAUACCAACAGAAUGUCCAAAAGUUGAUCCAAUAGAUGAAACAAUUCAUCUUGCUUGUGAUUAUGAUUGUACAAAAUUUUACAAAUGUGAUCAUGGAAAACAAGUAUUAAUGGAAUGUCCUUUGAUGAAUUCAAAGGGUGAAAGAUUACAUUUUAAUCCUAGACUUCAAGUUUGUGAUUGGCCGAAUCAAGCUGGUUGUAAGCUAAAGGAUAACUCAACUCAAAAACCAACAACAACUACAACAGAAGAGCCAUGUGAUGACGAUGAAACAAUGACGAAAAAACCAACAACAACAACAACCACAGAAGAGCCAUGUGACGAUGAUGAAACAACUACAAAAAAACCAACAACAACUACAACAGAAGAGCCAUGUGAUGAUGAUGAAACAACUACAAAAAAACCAACAACAACUACAACAGAAGAACCAUGUGAUGAUGAUGAUAAAACAACGACUGCACAACAGCCAACAACGACAACAGCAUCAACAAGUACAUCAUCAGCUAGUCCCACUGAAGGAACUACUGCACAGCAGCCAAACACAACUUCUGCAGCAACUGAAAUUCCUACAGAAGGACCAAGUACUUCAGGUGGAUCAACAGAAUCAUCAGCAACAAGUAAACCAACUGAAGCUUCGACCACUGGAUCAAGUGAAGUAACAUCAUCAAGUCCGUUAGAAGAAAAAACUACUCAACAGCCAGCUGUAUCAACUGAAAGCCCAGAAUUAACUACUUCGUCUUCAGUAAGUUCUGGUUCAUCAUCGUCCAGUCCAACUGAAGCAGCUACAACUGAGCAACCAAAUAAUGCAACUGAAGCUUCAUCAACUGAAUCAAAUGAAACAUCAUCAGCAAGUCCAACAACAGAAGAAUCUGCAUCUCAACAACCAGGCGUUACAUCUGAAAGUCCCGAAGUAACUACAUCAUCAGCAAGUCCAAAUUCAACAUCAUCUGAAUCAGUAACAACUGAGGGAUCAGGUGAAGAAGAAACGACGAGCCAAUCUUCUCCAACUGAGCCAAGUGAAACAUCAUCAGGAAGCCCUACAGAAAAAUCAACAUCUUCACAGCCAAGUACAUCUCAAGAACCAGAAAUUACUUCUUCUUCUGCACCAGGCUCAACACCAGAAUUGCCAACUGAAGAACCACAACCAAGUACAACGUCUAAGGGAACUGAGGCAUCAUCAUCUGGUCCAUCUGAAAUAACAACAGAACAGUCAUCUUCAGAAGAGCCAACUUCAACGAUAUCUGAAUCAACCGAGUCAGCUACUACCGAAGAAUCAUCUGGAAUAACAGGAAAUCCUACUGAAGGUUCAGGUUCAUCAUCAUCAACAGAAUCAGCUACAACAGAAGAGCCAGAGGGUUCAACUGAAGAACCAAGCACAACCCCGGGAGAAAUUCCAUCAUCAGAAGGACCAGAUAUAACUUCAAGCCCGAUUGAAUCCACUACAUAUGAAGAAUCUGAAGCUUCUUCUUCAGCACCAAGCUCAGCAUCACCUGGAUCAAGUGAAUCAACAACGACAGAAAAAUCAUCAACUGAGCCAAGUGAAAAUUCAUCAACUGAGCCAAAUGAAACAUCAUCAUCAUCAGCAGCAAGCCCAACAGGAGAAUCAACAUCUGAACAACCAAGUACAUCUGAACAACCUGAAAUUUCAUCUGCAGCACCAGAAAUAACAUCAUCUAGUCCAAUUGAAUCAACAACAUCAGAAGAAUCAUCUGGCACUGAGCCAUCAGAAUCUUCAUCAGCAAGCCCAACAGGAGAAUCAACAUCUGAACUACCAAGUACAUCUGAACAACCUGAAAUAACAUCAUCUAGUCCAAUUGAAUCAACAACAUCAGAAGAAUCACCCGGCACCGAGCCAUCAGAAUCUUCAUCAUCAAAUCCAACAUCAUCUGAAUCAAGUGAAUCAACAACGACAGAAAAAUCACAGAAUAAUGAGACAACAGCCAGACCAUCUUCAACUGAAUCAAGUGAAGAGGCAUCAUCCAGUCCAGUAGAAGAGUCUACAUCCGAACAACCAAAUCCGACAUCUGAAGAACCUGAAGGUACUUCUCCAGCAUCAGGCUCUUCUUCUACAUCAGAAUCAUCCAGCACUGAGCCAUCAGAAUCUUCAUCAUCAAAUCCAACGUCACCUGAAUCAAGUGAAUCAUCAACGACAGAAGAAUCACCAAAUAAUGAGACAACAGCUAGACCAUCUUCAACUGAAUCGAAUGAGGGCUCAUCAUCCAGUCCAGUAGAAGAAACUACAUCUGAACAACCAGGUACAUCUGAAGAACCAGAAGGUACUUCUCCAGCAUCAGGUUCAACGUCCUCUUCUCCAUCAGAAAUAACGACAACAGAAGAACCAUCAUCUGAGGGUCCAACUGAAGAAUCAACAUCUCAACAACCUGUUGAAUCAAGUACAUCAGAAGAAUCAUCUAGUACUGAGCCAUCAGAAUCUUCAUCAACAAGUUCAACAUCGUCUGAAUCAAGUGAACCAACAACCAAAUCCUCUUCAACUGAAUCAAAUGAAGGGUCAUCAUCUAGUCCAACAGAAGAACCAACAUCUCAACAACCAGGUACAUCUGAAGAACCAUCAUCUGAGGGUCCAACUGAGGAAUCAACAUCUCAACAACCUAUUGAAUCAACAACAUCAGAAGAAUCAUCUGGCACCGAGCCAUCAGAAUCUUCAUCAUCAAAUCCAACAUCAUCUGAAUCAAGUGAAUCAACAACAACUGAAGAAUCCCAGAGUAAUACAACAACAACUAGACCAACUUCAACUGAAUCAAGUGAAGAGUCAUCAUCCAGUCCAGUCGAAGAAUCUACAUCUGUACAGCCAAAUGCCUCAACUGAAGCACCUGAAAUUACAACAAAUGAUUAUGAAUCCAAUAAAACAUCAACAAUUUCUCCAGAUACACCACAAACAUGUACCAUUGAUACAAUACAAUUACUUUUACCUUAUAAACCUGACUGUAGUCAAUUUUAUAAUUGUAAAAAAGGAAAAUUAACUCUUCAAAAUUGUCCAGGAGGUUUACACUUUGAUUUUGUACGUCAAAUUUGUGUUUGGCCAUGGGAAACAACUUGUAAUUCCGAGCAACCAACAACAUCAAAUACACCAACACGAAAACCAAAUACAAAAUGUCCAAAAGAUAAUUCAAAAGAUGGUGAAUUAUAUUCACAUGAAUGUAGUUGUAGCAAGUAUUAUCUUUGUUCAAAUGGUAAUUUAAUUCUUCAAGAGUGUGAAGAUGGUUUAGAUUUUAAUCCAACAACUGGCUCAUGUGAUUCACCAUUAAAUGCUGGAUGUUCUUCUUUAUCAAAGCCAACAACAUCAGUACCACCACCAACAAUAUCACCACCCACAACAACAACAGCAAUACUUCCAACAAAAUGUCCAGCAGGAAAUUCAUCUCUUCGUUUACCUCAUCCACAUAAUUGUACACUUUAUUACAAAUGUAAAAAUGGAAAAAAACAGCUAGAAUGUUGUCCAGAUGAUUUACAAUUUAAUUCAAUAACUCAACAAUGUGAAAAUCCAGAUACUGCUGGUUGUAAACCAAGAAUAACAACUCUCCCAGUAAUAACAAAUUCAACAAAAGUAUGUGAAUGUCCACUUGAUAAAUUAUUAACAUGGAUUGAACAUGAAACACAUAGUCACAUGUAUUAUGAAUGUAAUGAAGGACUGAAAAUAUUAAAAAAAUGUCUUGAAGGUUUACAAUUUAAUCCACUACGUCUUGUUUGUGAUUCAUCAGGAUCAACAGAUAUUGACAAUGGUUGCGUUGGUAAAUGUCCAAGUAGAAAUCCAACAAAUACAGUAUUUUUAGUCAAUACAGAAUGUAAUAAAUUCUGUAAAUGCAGCAAUGGUGUACCAUAUGUUUACAGAUGUCCAUCACAUCUUCAUUUUAAUCCAGUUGAACAAGUUUGUGAUUAUCCACACAGAGCUGGAUGCACUGGAAAUGCAAGAUAAAUAUUUUAUUUAUUUAUAAUAGCAAUAUGGAAACAAAACUGAUUAAUUCAUGAUAUAUCAAUUCUUGUUAAUUUUAUCAUUGUUUAAGUUUUUAAUUAAUUAUCAUUUAAUUAUAAUAAUAAAUGUGUUACUACUAUAAUUAAAUAUUAUAUACUUUUUUUUUUUGUGUAAAUGAUAUUUUUUUUUGUUCACUUGUUAUUUUUAGAUGAAUAAAAAAAUUAUAUUAAUAAUUGAAA